AUGUUCUACUUCUGCUGCAGAACAGAGAUCCUUGCUUCUGAAUUCCAAGUCCGAUGCAAAUCAUCAAGAAAACAACACUUCAGAGAGCUAAAGAAUGUAUCAUCAGCUAGUAAGGAUGAAGCAGCAAAUAGUAAUAUGGAUGCUGGAAAACUUAUGGAAGCAUAUGAGUCCUGUAUUUCAAGCUUACGGAACUCCCAAUCAGAGCGACUUGCAAUAUCUUUGAAAAGAAUUUCUCCUGCAAACUUUACAAAAGAGGCUCGUUGUAAGGUACCCAAGCUGCUUCUCCAGGAAAUUACAUCACUGAACAGCCUUGAUAUACAGCUUUAUAAUUAUGCUCAGGACAUCUUUUCGAAGCAACAGGCACUUGUGAUGCAGAAUAUGAGACAGAAAAUAAGAAGCUCCUCCAUACCCUAA